AUGGCAUGUAAACCACCCAACUUUGCGUGUAUCGCCGCUGCCACCGCGGAGAAACGGGCUAUCGGAAUAGAAAAUAGACUUCCUUGGAAAUUAAAACGCGACAUGAGAUACUUUGAGCAAGUAACCAAGCGGGUGAUAAUUAAUGAUCAUGAGGAUAGUAGGAGAAAAGGGGAUGACGAUGAUUAUGAUAGUAGCAGGAAGGAAGCAUCAGCAACAAAAAAGAAUGCGGUAUUAAUGGGAAGACGACAAUGGGAAUCCAUACCGCCAAAAUAUCAACCAUUAAAACAACGAUUGAAUGCUGUGUUAUCGCGAACGUGGAAGGUUCUUCCCCCUCUUCCAAACAACGUGGAUCAACAAAACAACGAUAGUAACACAAAAGAUUCUUCUCUAGCUCAAAAUUUGCCGUUAUCCUCGCCGCCAGUCCUACUAUUCAACGAUUUUAUGACCGCGAUUGAAUCUUUAUCCGCCAACCCUCAAGUUUCACAAAUAUAUGUAAUUGGCGGAUCGUACGUCUAUGCAGAAGCGAUGGCAUCACCUCUAUGCACGCACAUUCUGCUCACACAAAUAUAUAAAGAAUUCGAAGCGGACACGUUUUUCCCGCCAAUUGAUGAGUCAGUAUAUCAACGAGCGACACAUGAAGAGCUCGUAAAGUUUGUAGGUGAGGAUGUGCCGGAGGGUGUCCAGGAGGAGAAUGAGAUCCGAUUCGAAUUCUUGAUGUAUAAAAGAGUUAAGUUUGAUGUGUAA